AUGAAAAAUCGAGAGGCAAAGUUUCAGUUUCGUCGAUCAGGAGAAACAGUUAGUAAACAUUUCAAUAAUGUACUCAACGUUGUUAUAAGACUGGAAAAUGUUUUCUUUAGAAAGCCAGAGCCCAUACCAGAAACUUCAACCGAUUCUAGAUGGAAAUGGUUCAAGGGAUGUUUAGGAGCAUUAGAUGGGACUCAUAUAGAUGUACAUGUAAGUGAGGGAGACAGGGCUAGAUAUCGAAAUCGAAAAGGAGAUAUAACAACAAACGCGCUUGCUCCUUGUACACCAGAUAUGCAGUUCACUUAUGUACUAGCAGGAUGGGAAGGAUCUGCUGCUGACGGUAGGAUACUUCGUAGUGCUAUUAUUCAAGAAAAUGGUUUAAAGGUGAAGAAAGGCAAUUAUUAUCUUGUAGAUGCCGGUUACACUAAUGGAGAGGGAUUUUUAGCACCUUUUAGAGGUCAAAGAUAUCAUCUGAAUACUUGGAGUAGCGGGCGUGGACCUCAAAAGGCUGAAGAGUAUUUCAACAUGAAGCAUUCGUCAGCUAGGAAUGUGAUAGAACAAUGUUUUGGGGUAUUAAAAAAGAGAUGGGCGAUACUUAGAAGUCCAUCAUUUUAUCCCAUUAGAACUCAAAAUAAUAUUAUUCUCGCAUGUUGUCUUUUACAUAAUUUUAUAAGAAAUGAAUUACCUUAUGAUCCGUUAGAGUUAGAAGAAUUCGAGGACACAAACAACGACGAAGAUGAUGAAGAUCUUAGAUCAGAGGUCGAACGUAUAACAACAAUUGGGACAUCAAAUGAAUGA